CCCAAGCAGCCAAUAGCGAGGCAAUCUGACAAGGGCGACUCAUCCGCAAAAUUCGAUUUCUCUCCGCCAGUUCCGCCGCCGUCGCCCAUGCGUGGUGGGAAGUAAUUCCUGCGCCCUCCCCCGCCGGCAGAGCAGCGGUGGAGGCCGCCGCUGGUAGAGCUACGGUGGAGGCCGCCGCCGACCACACCCGCCCAAUAGCCGCCGGCAGAGCAGCGCAGGAGGCCGCCUGCUUCCAUAGCCGCCCACCGCCGCAGGCAGAGCAGCGCAGGAGGCCGCCGCCGAGCACCGGCGACCACCGCAGACGACCGCCGCCCACCGCCCCAGGCAGAGAAGCGCAAUCCCCUACCGCUGCCCACCGCCGUCCACCACCGCCUUUCUUCGAUCCGUCGCCACGCCCUCGCCUGUGUCGCCGUUGUUCUUGAUAUAAAAAAUGAUUGGUGAUGGUUCAAGAUUUGAGGAUCAGGAUGAGUAUUGUAAGUUUAUGGCUAUGAAAUUCAGUAGUGAGGAUGAAGGUUUUGCUUUCUAUAACCAGUAUGCGAAAGAGAAAGGUUUUAGUGUAAGGAAGGAUUAUAGUAGGCGUGAUCGUUUUAGUGGAUUGAUAUUUCAUAAGCGCUUCACAUGCUCAAGGGAAGGAUUUAGGAAGGAGGUGUAUAUGGAUUAUUCUGGCAGAACUAGGGAACCCAGAGCACUAACUCAUUGUGGAUGCAAUGCUCAUUUUGAGAUUAAACUCGAUGAGAUAAAAGGCCAUUGGUAUGUAACAAGGUUUGUGGCAGAUCAUAAUCAUCCUUUGUGUAAAGCUGAUGAAGUGGCAUUUCUCCGUUCACAUCGUAGAAUUACUCCAGCACAACAGGCAAAAUUGGUGGAAUUGAGAGAUUUAGGUUUACAUCAGCACCAAGUGAUGGAUGUAAUAGAGAGAGACCAUGGUGGUUUUGAAGGUGCAGGAUUUGUUACAAGGGAUUUGUACAAUUUUUUUGUGAAAAUGAAGAAGAAACGGAUUGAUGGUGGAGAUGCUGACCGUGUUAUUAAGUACAUGCAAGCUCGUCAGAAAGAUGAUAUGGAUUUCUAUUAUGAGUAUGAGACCGACGAAGCAGGAUGCUUGAAGAGGUUAUUUUGGGCAGAUCCACAAUCAAGAAUAGAUUAUGAUGCAUUUGGUGAUGUUGUCGUGUUUGACAGCACCUAUCGAGUGAACAAAUACAAUCUCCCUUUCAUUCCUUUUGUUGGGGUGAACCACCAUGGGUCGACUGUGAUUUUUGGUUGUGCUGUAGUUUCCGAUGAGAGGGUUGGUACUUAUGAAUGGGUACUUAAGCAGUUUUUAAGUUGCAUGUGUCAGAAACAUCCCAAGUCUGUUAUCACAGAUGGAGACAAUGCAAUGCGUAGAGCUAUCUUACUUGUGUUUCCAAAUUCUGACCAUCGGUUGUGCACAUGGCAUAUUGAGCAGAAUAUGGCACGUAACCUUAGUCCAACUAUGCUUUCAGAUUUUAGGGUCCUUGUGCAUGCUCCACUUGAAGAAGAUGAGUUUGAGAGAAAAUGGGUUGAGUUCAAGGUUAAGCAUAAAGUAUCAGAUGAGAACAGGUGGUUGAAUAGGAUGUAUAAUCUAAGGAAAAAGUGGGCAGCAGCAUACACUAAAGGGAGGGUUUUUCUUGGCAUGAAGAGCAAUCAAAGAAGUGAAAGUCUUAACUCAAAACUGCAUAGGUUGUUGGACAGAAAAAUGAGCCUUGUCAUUUUGAUUGAGCACUAUGAACAUUGCUUGUCACGUAUGCGUCAUCAAGAGGCAGAGUUGGAUGCAAAAGCAUCUCAGUCAGUACCAUUUACAAGCAAUGACUCUACUCUAAUAGAGAAGGAUGCAGCUCGUGUUUUUACACCUAAAAUUUUCAAGAAGGUUAAGGUGGAGUUAUACAUGGGCAUGAAUUGGGAGGUAAUAGAUACUAUAGAGGAGGACAAUUGUGUCAGGUAUGUAUUGCAAAUGAUUGGCAAGGAUGGUGUUGUCAUUUUGACCGGCAUGUUUGAGGAAGCAUUGUUGGUUAGCAUCUGCUGCCCUUGUAGAAAAAUGGAGUGCGAAUACAUUCCAUGCAAUCAUUUAUUUGCAGUUCUGAAAUUAUUUAAAGUUAGACACCAUUCCGACCUUCUGCAUAGCACGUAGAUGGACUAUGAAAGCAAAGAAUGCAUUUCCUUCUGAUAGGUAUGGUUCAAUUUACACUUGGUCAGACCAAAUGGAACGCUAUCGGCUGUUGCGUUGUUUGGGUAGUGAAGCUUUUUUCAAAUCAUCCAUGACAGAAGAGAGCACGGUGAAAGUAAUGAAGAUGUUAGAGAAUCUAAUGCUUGAAGAGGAUAGUAGUGAAAAUUAUGAAAAUUUUGACAUUGAGUUUGGUUAUGUGGUUGGGCAAAGUAGCCGGAAUGAUAUUGAAAGUGGUGACAUGGUGCUUGAUCCGACACAAAUUGUCCCUAAAGGAGCUCCGACAAAGAGAAUGAGGGGUUUCUUGGAGAAACGUAAGAGAAGAUGUGGUUUUUGCCGCAUCCCAGGGCACAGUAUUCGAUCGUGCCCUAUAUACCUAAGGAAAGUGAACGAAGAUGUGUGAUUUUGCUGUCCCAGAGGGUGGAGUACAGGAUGGCUGUGGUGAACAUGGAUGUUUGUAUGGUCCAACAUGAAGUAUAUUGAUGUUGUGUGCGUACAGUUUAUAUUGUUUGAACAUGUUCCAAAAUUGUAAUGGACCUGAAGUACUUUUUUAUAUUUGGGUUGGAUGAUUAGCAUCUUAAUAUGUUUUGCAAUUGAGUCAAACUGCUGAUGAUGUUACUCAGUACUUGGAAAGGUUGCAUGUUGGCUUCAA